ACGUUUCCUGUCAAGAUGGCGGAUAAUCUCCCUUCGGAGUUUGAUGUGAUCGUAAUAGGGACGGGUUUGCCUGAAUCCAUCAUUGCGGCUGCAUGUUCAAGAAGUGGCCAGAGGGUUCUGCAUGUUGAUUCAAGAAGCUACUAUGGAGGAAACUGGGCCAGUUUUAGCUUUUCAGGACUAUUGUCCUGGCUAAAGGAAUACCAGGAAAAUGGUGACAUUGUGAAUGAAAGCUCUGCAUGGCAAGAGCAGAUCCUUGAAAAUGAAGAAGCCGUUGCUCUUAGCAGGAAGGAUAAAACCAUUCAACAUGUGGAAAUAUUUUGUUAUGCAAGUCAGGAUUUGCAUGAAGAUGUUGAAGAAGCUGGUGCACUGCAGAAAAAUCACGCUUCUGUGACAUCUGUGAACUCCACAGAAGCUGCAGAUUCUGCUUGCCUGCCUACAGAAGAUGAGUCAUUAAGCACUACGAGCUGUGAAAUGCCUGCAGAACAAACUCCAAGCAGUGAUCCAGAGAGUGCUCUAGAAGUAAAUGAUGUCGAAGCAACAGGGGAGAAGGAAAACCAUCGUGAUGAUAAAACUUGUGUGCUGUCAACUUCAGAAGAGGAAACAAGUGAAAAUGUGCCUCCAGUAGAAGACACGGCAGAACAACCAAAGAAAAGUAGGAUUACCUACUCGCAGAUCAUUAAAGAAGGCAGGAGAUUUAACAUUGAUUUGGUAUCAAAGCUGCUAUAUUCUCGGGGAUUGCUAAUUGAUCUUUUAAUCAAAUCUAAUGUUAGCCGGUAUGCAGAGUUCAAAAAUAUUACCAGGAUUCUUGCAUUUCGAGAAGGAAGAGUGGAACAGGUUCCUUGUUCCAGAGCAGAUGUCUUUAACAGCAAACAACUUACUAUGGUAGAAAAGCGAAUGCUAAUGAAGUUUCUUACAUUUUGUAUGGAGUAUGAGGAACAUCCUGAGGAGUAUAAAGCCUACGAGGAGAUUACAUUUUCUGAGUAUUUAAAAACUCAAAAAUUAACCCCCAACCUCCAAUAUUUUGUCCUGCAUUCAAUUGCAAUGACAUCGGAGACAGCCAGCAGUACCAUAGAUGGUCUCAAAGCUACCAAAAACUUUCUUCACUGCCUUGGCCGGUAUGGCAACACUCCAUUUUUGUUUCCUUUAUAUGGCCAAGGAGAGCUCCCUCAGUGUUUCUGCAGGAUGUGUGCUGUGUUUGGUGGAAUCUAUUGUCUUCGCCAUUCAGUACAGUGCCUUGUUGUGGACAAAGAAUCCAGAAAAUGUAAAGCAAUCAUAGAUCAGUUUGGUCAGAGAAUAAUCUCUAAGCAUUUCCUUGUGGAGGACAGUUACUUUUCUGAGAACACAUGCUCACAUGUGCAAUACAGGCAGAUCUCCAGGGCAGUCCUGAUUACAGAUAGAUCUGUACUAAAAACAGAUUCAGAUCAACAGAUUUCCAUUUUGACAGUGCCAGCAGAGGAACCAGGAACUUCUGCCGUUCGGGUCAUUGAGUUGUGUUCUUCAACAAUGACAUGCAUGAAAGGCACAUAUUUGGUUCAUUUGACUUGUACGUCUUCUAAAACAGCAAGAGAAGAUUUAGAACCAGUUGUGCAGAAAUUGUUUACUCCAUAUACCGAAAUGGAGAUAGAAAAUGAAGAAGUUGAAAAGCCGAGACUUCUGUGGGUUCUUUACUUCAAUAUGAGAGAUUCUUCAGACAUCAGCAGGAACUCUUAUAAUGAUUUACCAUCCAACGUUUAUGUCUGCUCUGGCCCAGACUGUGGUUUAGGAAAUGAUAAUGCAGUCAAACAGGCUGAAACACUUUUCCAGCAAAUCUGCCCCAAUGAAGACUUCUGUCCACCCCCACCAAAUCCUGAAGACAUUAUCCUUGAUGGAGACAGUGUACAACCAGAGGCUUCAGAAUCCAGUGCCAUACCAGAGGCCAAUUCAGAGACUCCCAAGGAAAGCGCAAACCUGGGAAACCCAGAGGAGCCCUCUGAAUAACGGAUAUACACCAAACUGGA